AGCCUUUUUCUAUUUUACUUAGAAACAAACAGGAAAACAAGUAGCUAGAUCCUAUGGCUAAACAUAUGCUGCUUAUCUCCUCCCUUGUAAUUCUAUCAACAAUAACCUGGCAUGGAGUCCAUGCAGUUGAAUUUUUUGUCACCAAUAAUGCAGGAAACAGCGCUGGUGGCAUCCGAUUCAGUGACAAGAUCGGUGUUGAAUACAGCAGGCAGACACUAAAAUCCGCCACUGAUUUCAUAUGGACGAUCUUCCAACAAAACACCAAAGCCGAUAGGAAGGAGUCCGUGCAGAAUGUUACUUUGAUCAUUGAAAAUGGAAAUGGGGUGGCGUUUUCUUCCAACAGUGAGAUCCACCUCAAUGCCAACUACCUUGGAGAGUACUCCAGUGACGUGAAGAGGGAAUUCACUGGAGUUAUUUACCAUGAGAUGACACACAUUUGGCAGUGGAAUGGCAAAGGACAGGCCCCAGGAGGUCUGAUAGAGGGAAUUGCAGAUUUUGUGAGGCUGAGGGCUGACUUGGCCCCAAGUUUCUGGGUACAACCAGGGCAAGGUGAUCGCUGGGAUGAGGGCUACGAUGUGACGGCCCUGUUUCUGGACUACUUCAACAGUCUUAGAGAUGGAUUUGUAGCAGACCUCAACAAGAAGAUGAGAGAAGAGUACGAUUCAGACUUCUUUGUGGAGCUUCUGGGGAAGACCGUUGAUCAGCUCUGGAGUGAUUAUAAGGCUCAGAAUGAAACUGGCCAUGUAGGUGGGACAUUGUAUGAGUGUGUAGCUAUUUUGUAUGCAUAAUGUUUGGCAGAAUGUUAAUUGUUUUG